ACCCAACGUGGGGGUUGCAUGAGAUCAGCUGCGACACCAGACAGACCAGACCACAAGACAAUGUCCCACCUCGGUCAAGAUCCUGAUCUCCGCUUUCUGUCCCGUCGAGCUUUCACCUCAGCUCUGUCCAAACUCAUGUCCCUGUCAGACCAAACCCGCCCGGAUAGUUAACUGGCCAUCCUGUGUAAAUGGCGUCAGGUCAGUCCACAGCUGGGGAUGAUGCGACUGGUGACUUCUUUGAGCGUUGCGGGCUCCCUCGAGAAUCAUGUGUGCGGUGUUGGGACCUGGCACGGCAUUUGUUUCCAGACGAAUGCAUUGCAGAGACGAAGCCGCAAGGGUAUUGUUCUUACACACUGAGCGUUGGGGGCGAGACAAUUCUUCAGUUCCGACCAGAGGUCCACAGGCUUGACAUCAGGAUAACAACAGCGGCCCAGACCAUCUACGGGAGCCUCGCACCGCCGACUAAAUCACUCGACGUCCUGAACAUUCGGAAAUCAUGCCAUUCAGACGGUAUCGUGGAGUUUUCACAUCAACAGCCCGUGGACGAGGCAGUCGUGAUUGAUGACGGUUGCUCCAAGUCCUAUGCCUCACUACAUGUCUACUCCAUGGCGAGGAUACCAGGCAUUUCAGUGGCCGAGCUGCGGGCCUCCUCGGAACUGUCCACGUUACCGGCAGCUGAGUUACGGCGUCGACGACAAGAUGUGGUCAGUGAGUUCGCCAGGUUCGUCGCCGUCAGUUGGAGUUCCGCGCUUCCGGCAUCAGACCCGACCGUAUCCAGAAUACGGGGCAGGAUAGGAGGAUCCAUCAGAUGGCGGCUACAGCAAAUGCAUGCCCGCCUCCCGGCACGAUUUCAGUCUUCCGUGGGCAGUGUACUGGAUCAGUUGGACGGCAUUGAGUCGCUUCCGUGGGUGCUGACACACGGGGACGUUGUCCCGGCCAAUAUGAUGGUCCAGAACCCACAAGACGCUUCUUCAGGGGCAGUGGUCUUAUCUGGCUUCCUGGACUGGGCCGAAGCGGAAUAUCUCCCAUUUGGCGUAGGUAUGUAUGGUCUCGAGGCUCUCCUGGGCGAGCCUGACUGCGAGGGCCGCUUUGGCUACUAUUCCGAGGCAAAAGAGCUGCGGGAAUGUUUCUGGACGAGGCUGGAGGCAGAAAUGCCCGAGCUGAGGCUUCGGUCUGGGGCUGAAGGCUUCAGGGAGAAGGUUGAGGCCGCGCAUGUCAUUGGCGUCUUGCUGUGGCACGGAAUCGCGUUUGAUAACGGUAGACUGGAUCGGGUGGUGGACGAGAGUAACCCCGAAGAUGCGGAGGAGGUAAGGAUUCUCGACCUUUUCUUCUCUUGUGACGAGGAAUCCAGGGACGAGCAACUCACAUCGGCACACCCUUUGCGACCGGGUAGUAAUGGAUCUGCCAAGGCUUUCGACCUCGGUCGAGUGAUUCGUGAUGCUUGGGCAUGUCUUGGGCGUUUGAAUUUCGGGGAUAGACGCAUGACCAGUUCGUAACAAUGCCUUCUUAUAUGUUCUCAUAUUAUGGUAGGGUCAAAUCAUGGGUCUGGCUGCUCAAAAAAGGGGGACAUGAGAAAAGUUGGACUUUCAGCUGGACAAGAAGAGACGGGGAGCUUGUCUCAUGGCUGGGCGAUGGUGGUAUGCUGCCACGCAAACCAGAGCCGCCAGGUCCCAGGUCCGGAGCUAUUUCUGGGUUCAGUAUUACGGUUCUUACUGUUCUGAAUAGACCCCCCGGCAAAGACCCUCUCCAGUCA